AUGAAUCGACCUCUAUUUCGAGCACGAAAUCUCGAUCCGAGUAAACGUAUCCGACUGCUCGUCGACCAACACGAUGACAAUAAUAAUCUUACGAAUUCAACGACACAGUCAUCUUCUAGUAACAAUCUUCUCGUUUCUCUUGCAUCCACAAACGCAACUCAACAGUCAACUGGAUCGACUUCACAACUACCACAACGAUGUGUACCACAGAUGCCUUUUGUAUCAGGAAUGGAACGAGAAGAAGAAGCGGAAUAUCAUCUUCAAAAUGCUCUCGAUGCUCAACGUCGUCUUGGAUCAGCUAAGAUGCGCGCUGUUCCAAUUCCAAACCUAUUCGAGGAUCCAAAUAGUCAAUCGAUCUAUCCAGCGACUGUUGUUUUACCUAAAGAACUCAUUCGUCUCCAACCUCUACAGCUCGAAUCUGACGAACCUGAAUAUGAUAUGGAUGAAAUUGACCAUAACUGGUUCACCAAGUCAGGACAGACGAUAUGUCCCGAGCUUACCUGUUUGGAGUACGAAACGAUUUUUGAUGAACUUGAGAAUGCAAGUACGCGAACACUUGUCUCGUUGGAUGAAGCACGAACACUGUUUGCAUCGACACAUCCGUCUCUUACCAAUGAUUUACACAUAAAAACCGUCUACAAGUUUUGGCAUGAACGACGAACAAUACGGGACAAACGAUUGAAGACGCGUCUGCUCACAGAACGUGAUAUCAAAGAAGAGAAAGGCAAACAACAUCCAUAUGUUGCUUUUCGACGGCGUGUAGAAAAGAUGACUACACGAAAAAAUCGAAAGAAUGAUGAGCAAGCCUAUCUCUCUAUGCUCAAACUACGUGCUAAUUUCGAAGCCGUCUUGAAGUUAACAAAUCUGAUCAAACUGCGUGAGACAACCAAAGCAUCGCGGCUCGAAUGCGCACUAUCAAUUUUCCAAGCACGAUGUGAGUCAAAAUCGGAUGAUGAAAUUCCAUCGCCUGCAUCGUUGUCGACGAAUCCAGAUCGAAAUCGUCAUCAUGCUCGUUCCCAUUUGAAAACAUCGUCACUGAUGAACAGUAGUCAGAACUUCAUGUCUGCACACCAUCAGCAAUUGCUAACACAGCUGAUUCGUCUCGAAAAUCAUAAGAAGAAUCACUUGUCUGCAACAUCAUUAGCUAGUCUACUACAGUCGCCUAUUCAAUCGCGACCACUAUCCAUUGAUCCUAACGAUUCAUUACAACAGAAAAUCAAACGAUUUAAAACUUCACAUAAAAAGACUAAUCACACUGAUAAACUAACACAGUUGCUAUCGACACCACCUUCAUCACAUGUAUAUAAUAUGGGAUCACAAUCAUCUUCCAUCCCACCACAAUCACUUCUUGAACGAUUGUCACCAUCAAAUGCUGUUUAUUCACCUACACAACAGCAGAGUGGUCGACGUCGUUUGAAAAAAUCCCUCCCAGGGAUAGUCAAACAAGGAAAAACUCACCGAAAUCUUUCAUCAAAUGAUUUGUGGUCCCUAGCAGAUAGUACACCCGAAGGUGCGAUCCUGCUCAAAGCUCAACUGCUUGAAGCAGCAAGAAAAUUGCAGCAAAGAGAGGAGCUUGAAAAUAGCACGAAUCGACGUGUUCUUUUGCAGGACGGUUCAUCUGUAUUAUCAAAUACAAAUGAAAAUAUAAAUAGUAGACUAGAUGGAACAGAAACGAGUGUUGAUGACGAAGAAGCAACUGAUCCUUGGCAAUUUCGACCUAAGACAGGAUGCAGAUAUCUGAGGCCAAUUGACCAGGAUCAGCAACAGCGUAUUCCAUCACAACGUUCCAGUUUUUCAUCGUAUUACUCUCUCGCUUGCUCUGAUGGUAAUCAUUACGGGAAGCGACGCGUACGCAUCGGUCGAGGCGGAAGAUUGCUCUACGAUCGUCAUGUUGAACAAGAAAAUAAUGAUUCAAUUGAUGAAACAAUCUUUCCUCUAUCAACAGUCAAAUCACAUUUCACAUACAAACAUGUACUAUGGCAACGGUCAGCACAACCAUCACUCACUGAAUCAUAUAAUUUACAUUCGCAUUUAACCGUCCAGAAGCACACAACAUCAUUAGCGCAUCAUUAUCAAUCGAAGUCAUUCACAUCCAAUCCCAUACAUUUGGACGCUUCGUUUGAUCAUGCAAAUAACUCGAAUUUACCCAUAGUACCUCAUACAGGUGGUAAACAUAGACCCUCAACAUCGAUUGAACUUAAUCAUUCAUAUUCAUUUUCAUCUCAUCAUAUCAGUCAAGCAUUAUCAACAGUCGUUGAACCAGAACCACCAUCACCUUCGACCUCACCCCUACCACCUUUAUCGUUACCUUCAACAGCUGUUGUGUCAACACCUCAACAGAUCAUGUUGAUUUCAACACCACCUACUCCACCAUCAUCAUCGUUGCCGAUAAAUCAGAAUGAAAUAGAUGUUUCACAGCAACGAGAACAACAACAGCAACCAUUUUUUAGCAAACCAUCAUCAACCUCGUACGUAUUAUCUCAAUCAACGCCAUAUUUUCCGACGCACGUGACUCCAUCGACACCACCACCCUCAUCACCGUCAUCAUGUGGUCUGGUUCAAUUCGUUCAACUUCAUCAUAUUCUUCCAACGACUAAAACCCAUAAUUUUGCAUCAUCGACACCGGUGACCACCCUUGAUUCUUGA